AUGCAAAUUUUCGUUAAAACUUUAACUGGUAAGACUAUCACGCUAGAAGUGGAGUCUUCUGACACCAUCGAUAACGUCAAGAGCAAGAUCCAGGACAAAGAAGGCAUUCCACCAGACCAGCAGAGAUUGAUUUUUGCUGGUAAACAACUAGAGGAUGGUAGAACCCUAUCGGACUACAACAUCCAAAAGGAGUCUACCUUGCACCUGGUGUUGAGGCUACGUGGUGGUAUGCAGAUUUUCGUGAAAACAUUGACUGGCAAGACUAUCACGUUAGAAGUAGAAUCUUCUGACACCAUCGAUAACGUCAAGAGCAAGAUCCAGGACAAAGAAGGCAUUCCACCAGACCAGCAGAGAUUGAUUUUUGCUGGUAAACAACUAGAGGAUGGUAGAACCCUAUCGGACUACAACAUCCAAAAAGAGUCUACCUUGCACCUGGUGUUGAGGCUACGUGGUGGUAUGCAGAUUUUCGUGAAAACAUUGACUGGCAAGACUAUCACGUUAGAAGUAGAAUCUUCUGACACCAUCGAUAACGUCAAGAGCAAGAUCCAGGACAAAGAAGGCAUUCCACCAGACCAGCAGAGAUUGAUUUUUGCUGGUAAACAACUAGAGGAUGGUAGAACCCUAUCGGACUACAACAUCCAAAAGGAGUCUACCUUGCACCUGGUGUUGAGGCUACGUGGUGGUAUGCAGAUUUUCGUGAAAACAUUGACUGGCAAGACUAUCACGUUAGAAGUGGAGUCUUCUGACACCAUCGAUAACGUCAAGAGCAAGAUCCAGGACAAAGAAGGCAUUCCACCAGACCAGCAGAGAUUGAUUUUCGCUGGUAAGCAGCUGGAAGACGGUAGAACCCUAUCGGACUACAACAUCCAAAAGGAGUCUACCUUGCACUUGGUGUUAAGGCUACGUGGUGGGUUUUAG